GCCCAGCCAACAUGGCUGACAGCAUCCCUUUGAAUCCAGUACGGAAAUUCUCCAGAAGGAUCCAGUACUACAACUCAGCCGGCCUUUCACGGUUCUCUUCAGAAGAUGAGACCUCCAACCUGGACGAGAUGCCUCUGAUGAUGUCGGAGGAAGGCUUCGAGAACGAUGAGAGCGACUACCAGACUCUGCCCCGGGCCCGGGCGGGUCAGAGGCACCGAGGCUUCGGCUGGUUCCUGCUGGGGGGCUGGAAGGUCCUCUGUGGCAGCUGCUGCGACUGCCUGGCUCGUUUGUGCCGCAGGAAGAAGGAGCUGAAGGCCCGGACCGUCUGGCUCGGCUGCCCGGAAAAAUGUGAGAAGUACCCGAAGAACUCCAUCAAGAACCAGAAGUACAACGUCGUCACCUUCGUGCCCGGAGUUCUGUACCAGCAGUUCAAGUUCUUCCUCAACCUGUACUUCCUGGUGGUGGCCUGCUCCCAGUUCGUGCCCUCGCUGAAGAUCGGAUACCUGUACACCUACUGGGCCCCUCUGGGCUUUGUCCUGGCCGUUACCAUGGUGAGAGAAGCUGUGGACGAAGUGCGGCGCCAUCAGCGAGACAAAGACAUGAACUCCCAGCUGUACAGCAAACUCACAGUCCGAGGUAAAAUUCAAGUAAAAAGUUCCGACAUCCAAGUUGGAGAUCUGAUAAUUGUUGAAAAGAACCAGAGGAUUCCUGCAGACAUGAUUUUCCUGCGAACGUCUGAGAAAACCGGUGCGUGCUUCAUCAGGACGGACCAGCUGGACGGAGAGACGGACUGGAAGCUGAAAGUAGCUGUCGGCUGCACCCAGAGGCUGCCGGCGGUGGGGGACCUGUUCUCCAUCAACGCCUACGUCUACGCCCAGAAGCCCCAGCUGGACAUCCACAGCUUCGAGGGGACGUUCACCCGGGAGGACUCGGACCCGCAGAUCCACGAGAGUCUGAGCAUUGAGAACAGCCUGUGGGCGAGCACCGUGGUGGCUUCAGGAACCGUGAUCGGGGUGGUGAUCUACACGGGCAAAGAGACCCGGAGCGUCCUGAACACGUCCUCCGCCAAGAACAAGAUCGGUCUUCUGGACCUGGAGCUGAACCGCCUCACCAAAGCUCUGUUCCUGGCCCAGGUGGUUCUGUCUGUCGUCAUGGUGGCACUGCAUGGGUUUGUGGGUCCUUGGUACCGCAACCUUUUCAGAUUUGUUGUGCUUUUCUCCUACAUCAUCCCCAUCAGCCUGCGUGUCAACCUGGACAUGGGGAAGUCGGCGUACGGCUGGAUGAUCAUGAAGGACGAGAACAUCCCCGGCACCGUCGUCAGAACCAGCACCAUCCCGGAGGAACUGGGCCGAAUCGUGUACCUGCUCACAGACAAGACAGGGACUCUGACACAAAACGAGAUGGUGUUCAAGCGUCUCCACCUGGGGACGGUUUCGUACGGCACCGACACCAUGGACGAGAUUCAGAGCCACAUUAUUCAGUCCUACGCACAGGUGCCUUCUCAGCCGUCCAGUGGGGGAGGAGUUACCAGUGGCUCCACGCCAUCACGAAAGACACAAAACUCAGCGCCGAAGGUCCGUAAGAGUGUCAGCAGCCGCAUCCACGAAGCGGUGAAGGCCAUCGCCCUGUGCCACAACGUGACGCCCGUCUACGAGUCCCACCCCAGCGUGAACGGAGAGACGGAGUCGGCCGAGGCCGACCAGGACUUCAGCGACGACAACCGGACGUACCAGGCCUCCAGUCCAGACGAGGUGGCGCUGGUGCGAUGGACGGAGAGCGUGGGGCUGACCCUGGUCAACCGGGACCUGACCACUCUGCAGCUGAAGACUCCGUCGGGUCAGAUCCUCUCCUUCCACAUCCUGCAGAUCUUCCCCUUCACCUCGGAGAGCAAACGGAUGGGCAUCAUCGUGCGGGAGGAGUCAACGGGAGAAAUCACCUUCUACAUGAAGGGGGCUGAUGUUGCCAUGGCGAGCAUCGUCCAGUACAAUGACUGGCUGGAGGAGGAGUGUGGGAACAUGGCCAGAGAGGGCCUGAGGACCCUGGUGGUGUCCAAGAAGUGCCUGUCUGAGGAGCAGUACCAGGACUUUGAGAGCCGCUACAACCAGGCGAAGCUGAGCGUCCACGACCGAGCGCUGAAGGUGGCGGCGGUGGUGGAGAGUCUGGAGCGGGAGAUGGAGCUCCUGUGUCUGACCGGCGUGGAGGAUCAGCUCCAGGCAGACGUCAGGCCCACGCUGGAGCUGCUGAGGAACGCUGGCAUCAAGAUCUGGAUGCUGACAGGAGACAAGCUGGAGACGGCUACGUGCAUCGCCAAAAGCUCUCAUCUGGUGUCCAGGAGCCAAGACAUCCACGUCUUCAGACCGGUGUCGAACCGAGGAGAGGCUCAUCUGGAGCUCAACGCCUUCAGGAGGAAGCACGACUGUGCUCUGGUCAUCUCUGGAGACUCUUUAGAGGUGUGUUUGAGGUACUACGAGCACGAGUUCGUGGAGUUGGCGUGUCAGUGUCCGGCGGUGGUCUGCUGCCGCUGCUCCCCGACUCAGAAGGCCCAGAUCGUCCGACUGCUCCAGCAGCACACGGCCAACAGAACCUGCGCCAUCGGUGACGGAGGGAACGACGUCAGCAUGAUCCAGGCUGCAGACUGUGGGAUCGGGAUCGAAGGGAAGGAAGGGAAGCAGGCGUCUCUGGCUGCAGACUUCUCCAUCACUCAGUUCAGACACAUCGGCCGGCUGCUGGUGGUCCACGGUAGGAACAGCUACAAGCGCUCGGCGGCGCUGGGCCAGUUCGUGAUGCACCGAGGGAUGAUCAUCUCCACCAUGCAGGCGGUGUUCUCCUCCAUCUUCUACUUCGCCUCCGUGCCUCUGUACCAGGGAUACCUCAUGGUCGGCUACGCCACCAUCUACACCAUGUUUCCUGUCUUCUCUUUGGUUCUGGACCAAGACGUGAAGCCGGAGAUGGCGCUGCUGUACCCGGAGCUCUACAAAGACCUGACCAAGGGUCGCUCGUUGUCUUUCAAGACGUUCCUGAUCUGGGUUCUGAUCAGCGUGUACCAAGGUGGCAUCCUGAUGUACGGCGGCCUGGUUCUGUUUGAGUCCGAGUUCGUGCACGUGGUGGCCAUCUCCUUCACGGCGCUGGUUCUGACCGAGCUGCUGAUGGUGGCGCUGACGGUCCGGACCUGGCACUGGCUCAUGGUUCUGGCCGAGUUCUUCAGUCUGGGCUGCUACCUGGCCUCGCUCGCCUUCCUCAACGAGUACUUCGGACUGGGCCGGGUCUCCUUCGGAGCGUUCCUCGACCUGUCCUUCAUCACCACCUGGCCGUUCCUGUGGAAGGUGUCGUCCAUCACGCUCGUCAGCUGUCUUCCUCUCUACAUCAUCAAGUACCUGAAGCGAAAGUUUUCACCCCCCAGCUACUCCAAACUGUCGUCCUGAGGUCCAGUCAGAACCGGACCCUGCAGGACCUGAAUGAUCUCGUUGGCUCUGAAGGAUUUAAAUAAAUCUGCUCCGAGCAGGAAGUGGCUUUUAAGCGUUUUCUACAUUUUGGUGUCGAGCU